AGCAUGUAACAAUUACAGUUGCAUUGAUUGGGAUUGGUUUAUGUAUGCCAUUCUUGAUCGUUUGCAGGCAAUGAAAAAAGGGAAUUGAAUAUUGACAUGCUUGUUCCAAACAUGUUAUAAAUGAUCAUAGAACAUAACAGAAUUGAUCAAAUGAAAUCCAUUAGUUUGUCUGUCAGGUCUUUAUAUUGCCUCAGUAAAAGAAAGAAAAAUCAUUAACUCAACAUUUCAUGAAAAUAUCUUAUAGGCAAUCUAUAUCUUACCAUUUGAAGACAUGCAUUUCAGGUCUUUCCUACAUUUGACCAAGCAGUAAUGCAGCCAACAAUGCUCUUCUCAAACUCUGGAAAUAAUCUAUCAAGGGCCUAGUAAAAUGAAGUAUAUUUUUAUUGUUGGCUGGAUUUUAUGAUUAUUUUUUGUGAUUAAUCACAAAAUUCAGUUGUCUGAUCUCUUACCCUGCUUUAUGUUACAGAAGCAUUGUUUCUCCUCAGCAAAUAUGUUUGGAAAGCCUGAAAUAUUUAUCUCAAACCCCUUCUGUUCACAUUUGAUAGUUCAUCUUCAAGAGCUUGAACAUAAUGGCUGUGGAUCAUUUUGGGAAAAUGUCUUACUAAUUUAUUGAAACCCAUUGAGGUGCCACUCUAUGUAUGCUUCAGUGAUUACGGCCGGAUGUAAAUGGAAAAUACCAUGUGACAUCUUUAGUUUAGGAAUAUUACAUUUAGUAAGUUUCAAGAUUUUGCCACAAAAGAGAGAAAAAAUGUUGGAUGAAUGUGCUUAUUGAAAUGGAUAGAAGGUGAAAUUGAUUAUAUUAUUUGGAUAAAUAUUAUAAAUUAGCUUAUGCAUGGAUCCUAUUAGAACUGGUCUAUAUAGUUUAGACAAGUGAUGGGUAGAGGAUGAAAAAACUUCAAAGGGAGGGAGAUAGGUGUAGAGGAGGGGGGGGGGGUUAUCUUGAGGGUAUUAGUUUGCUGAAUGAAAGAAGAGAGCAGAAAUUAAAAGUACCAUGUCUCUUUGAAGGAGAUGAAAGAAUCCAACACAUCUUACUUAAUAAAUGAAUGGCAUUGAUGAACAAAGGAGAACUAAGCUGAGAAGAAAAGGGGGAGAGCCCAUAAAGCUGUUUUUCACCCUAUGAGCCCUGUAUUGUCAUGCCCCUAUUGUUGGAGCACCCCCAAACCCAUUCAACAAUACCAUGUGCCCGCAUUACCUUCCCUCUUCCCUGAUUCUUUUGAAAAGCCCUCUCACCCCGCUAGCUCCCUGUUCACUCGCCACUGCCGCUCCGCUAAGCUUGUUUUAGUCGAUUGUCGAAGCCCGCUUGGAAGCGCUUGGAGCGAGAGUGGCCCUCGAUCGCCUAUUCUUCCCCUGCGACUCAAGGGGUGUUGUUUGUGCCACAUUUGGCAUGUAAACAACAAGAACACCAAUGCAGUGUCUUAUCUCUAUCCUGGAGCUAUAUUACUGACCCAUCGCUUGUCUUGGAGACCCAACUGUGCAGUUGGUCCAUCUUUCCGUUGCGUCCCGGCCAUCCGAGUGUAUUCUUCCAUUUCUUGAAUUGGACAAUCCCGUACUCAUUCAUGUGCCUCAAGUGGGCUAAUGCAUACUGCGAGUACUUGGUAAUUGUUGGAUGUAUCUGUUCGAUGCAGUUUAUUGUGUUGACAUUCUUUGGAGUACAGUCAGGAUUGUGGUAGCACCAAAGCAGACUGUCGAUGAGAUCCGUUGGAUGAUUUUAAAUUUGGAAAUAUCUUCCCUUCUUCAGUUUUUGUGACAAAUUUAUCUGGAUUUUGAGAAAGUUGGUCUUAUCUCGCAGACGAUUUUGAACAAUUAUCUUUUGGAUAAAGGCGAGUUAAAGGUCUGUCAGUGAGAUGUCCAUAGAUUUAUAGCCUUUAUCCAGUGAUCCAGUGCAAUGGAUGUGAACCUUCAGAUAGCAACGGUUGUCUGGCUGUUAGCCACGUUUAUCACACUUAUGUGUGAACAAGCCCUUGCAGAUGUUCCUCCGCAACUGAGGAGGGAGCCUACCUCAAAACCCGUCCGCCCUUUCAGCCGCGUCAAAUUACGAUGCAGCGCACACCCCAAGGAAGCCAUUAUCACAUGGAGAUUAAACGGUGUUGAUAUUACUGACUUUCCAAACAUUGCUACAAAUGGUGGCACAUUAUUAAUUAGAAACUUUGAAAGCGACGAAGGGAAUUUAUCUCAUGUUGGGAAUUACCAGUGUGUCGCGACGACGGGAGUUGGGAGUGUCGUCAGCAGAAUAGCAAGAUUAGAAGCAGCUUAUAUAAAGAAAUUUACAGAGAAACCGCCCCCUGAAGUAUUCUCAUGGCAUGGCGAAGUUGGUGUUAUUCCUUGUACAUUACCCGAAAGCAAACCACCUGCUAGAAUGGAAUAUAGUUUCAAGAAUAGAUGGAUAACAGAAAGUACAGAUCAUUACAGGAUAAUGCCUUCUGGUAAUCUUCACAUACUCAAUGUAUCAUCUAGUGAUGCCGGUUUCUACACCUGUUCAGCAGUCAACCCAACGACCAAUAAACGAUUAUCACCCAGGAAUGGAACGUUAUUAGAAGUUAGACAAGGAGAACCAGAAGAUGCUCCAAGGAUAGCAUACUCAAGCGGUGCUGUCGUGUCCCGUGGCGACCCAGCUAUCUUGGAGUGUGUGGUCACUGGUGGUCAUCCAACGUCCAGUAGGGUCCGAUGGGAGAAAUUGACCGGUGAUCUCUCGUUGGACGUCACUGAGCGGGACGGUAGCUUGGUCAUUCCUUCUGCUUCAGUUGAAGACGGUGGUGCAUACGUCUGCAUCGCGGAGUAUAACGCUGUUGAGGUGGAUCGCCAAGAAGUUUCUCUCAGAGUCACAAAAGCGCCUUCUAUCCGCACUGGCCCAGCCGAUGCUGUAGCAAGCAUUGGGGAUCCAUCUCGAUUCAGCUGUUCUAUCAGUCGAGCUUCACCAGAUGACAUCCAGUGGUUACAUAAUGCAAAAGACAUCAGGGUGGAUGGUCAUAAAUACUCAUUAAAUGGUCGUACACUGACUGUUAAUGAUGUUGGUCUGGAAGAUCUUGGUAUGUACCAGUGUCUAGUGAACACAGAGGAAGGUAGCACACAAGCUGCUGCUCAACUCAGAGUCUCAGCUGGAUUUCCAUCAGUUAUAGAACCCCCCAUCAACACCACAGCCAUCGAGGGUGAGAGGGUGUACCUGUCCUGCCGGACGAGGGGUGAACCAUUACCCCUUGUAACUUGGGAGGAUCCUAGGCGUAACUAUGUAUUUAACACCGAUAAAACCUUUAUUUCUGAAGAUUCAGGAGGACUCACUGUAUUCAAGGUGGAUCUGACUGAUGUCGGCUGGUAUACCUGUACUGUUACUAAUAGACAUGGUGUUGUCAAAUCAUCAGCAUACCUUUCUGUAUUAGAGAAAGUUCCAACCACCUCCACGACACCUACCCAGGGUGUGAUUGGACCCCCUUUCUCUGGCGCCAUCAGCGAUUCUGGUAUCACAACCAUCGUGGAUACCAACGGAGAGGCCAGCAUAAAACCAGGACCACCUCUUGAGCAGCCAAGCAAACCUCAAGUCGUCAAGAUCGCCAAGACAUCGGUAGAGGUAAGCUGGACGUACAACAAUGCUGGUAACAGUGCUCCGAUCACAGGUUUUACAGUCCAGUAUAUUGACGUUAGGGGUGUAGAAGGAUGGAGGACAGCCUCCAAUACUAUCGGCCCUCAGCAAAGAUCCUACCAAGUCACCAAUCUAGAACCAAGCAAGAUCUAUAGGUUUAGGGUAAUUGCGUCAAAUCGUUAUGGUGAGAGUCCACACAGUGAUUUAUCCAACCGGAAACUUCUCGAAAGCUCUGUCCCGGUGGUCGCCCCAAAGAGGGCGCCAACAAUCUCACCACGGAUCAUGGAAUGCGUACCGGAGUCUUCCACCACGAUCAGAGUGGUGUGGGAGUACCCCUCUUCUGCUCCUGUUACUACCAACGAGGACAUCGAAGGCUUCUACGUCUACAUCCGUAACUUUGACAGCGACGAUGACCGCGACUACGUCCGGACGCCCAUCAUUGGUGCACAUGUCAGGAGCUAUCUUAUCGAGAAAUUGGAACCUGAGGAAAGUUAUGACAUCAAGGUUGAGAGUUUCAACAGUGCAGGAGAAAGCAAAGGCAGCAAUGUCAUUAUAAGAAGUACUCUUGCCCGUGAAACCGAGCCCCCACCGAUCAUCAUCCGUCCCUCCAUACCUGGCCACCCGAUAGACCUCAGUCCUCACAUACCCUUCAUCGAUGAUGACCCCACCCUGGCCCCUCCCCACCCCCCUAGGGGACAGAGUGAAGACAUUCUCUAUAUCACCCUCGGGGUGGUGCUGGGGGCGAUGUUACUCGUUCUGAUCAUGUUUGCUGUCAUGUGUGUAUGGAGAGCUAAGCAAGUCAACAGAGACUCCAAUGGCCCUGUUCACUGGAACAACCAGCCGAUGUACGAUGGUAACUUUGCCUACCUAGAUGGUGCCAAGUACCCCUACAUGAACGGCAAGCCGAACAGCAAUCACAGUGGUCCAAAUGGAGUAGCUGGCAGACACAAUCCCUACAGUGAAACCAAUGGUGGAUCCAAACCCAGGCCUCUCUAUGCACUCCCACAGGACACGUUGGGAGGUCCCCCUUACAUUCCCUGUGGUACCAGCGGCCCGCACCACGACUCGGCACCGGAGACAUCCACGGUACCUUACGAAGACCACCAAAUGUACACCACCAUCCCAACCAACAACCAUCAUAGUUAUAAUAGCCUAACCAAUGGCAGCAUCAAGGGCCAUCAUGCGACGUCCAAUCACGAGUUAGGCCACGCCCCUCCUGUGGGGGCGCCCCCGCCACCACGGCCGGUGUGCCACAUACGGGUCAACCCUCGGUUACAGAGGGAGGAGAAUGGCGUCGGGAGUGCCAGCAUAACGGUGCACGAUCGGCCUAAUAGGACUGGAGGCAGUAGAGAAGGAUUAGAUGGUAAAGAUACGGGGUCGUUAACCCUAAGCUUACCCACCAUGCCUCCUGAUCUGUAUGUUCAAACCACGCCUACCUUAUCCCCCGCCCACUCGAGGAUCUGCUGUGAGGCUCACGCCCCCUCUCGGUCGAGAUCGGCCUCCAGCCAAUCAGAGGCUUCAUCACAUCACAGCUCCAACCAAUCAGAGUCGUCCCAUCGUAGCUACAACCAAUCACAGCUGUCGUCCCAUCACAGUAGUAGCUCGAAAAUUACAGACGUCUGAUGCCCCGCCCUUUUUUGCACCACCCACCAUCCUGUAUGUUUAUGUAUAACAAUCAACUUCCACUGCCCUGUCAAAGAUUAUAUGUGUAGAUGUCAAGUUUUUCUUAUAUCUCGGUUGAACUAUGGAGUUCCCUCUCCCCUUGUCUCCCAUUAGAAUGGUAGUUUUCAAGGCAAUUGAAGCAAAGAAGAUAGCUUGCUUAAGCAGUUCCUUUCCCUUUACGUAUCUCUUUUGCUGCAUUCAAUGUCUCCUUUUAUGUCUACACAUCAAACUUCUUCCCACGUGCCUUUGUCUGCGUUCUUGUGUUUUGUACUGAAAGGUUAUGAUAUUUUUCUGGGUAUAUAUUUUAUAAUGAGAAUUUAAUCUGUACAGUACGAGAGCUAUUCAUUUGUCUAUUCUCAUGCAAAGAAGAGAGUCUAUUAUCGGUAUUAUGCUAUUAUACGAUGUGCUGUAUAAAAUGGUAAUAUGUCGUUUUUGUAUAUAAAAUUAUAUUGAGAAUGUUGAUGCUCCAUUUUGUGUUUAAGUAUUGAAAUCAAAUCUGAGUUUGACUACAAGUUUGUGAUAAGUCAAUGAAAUUUGAUGGCAUGCAAAUUGGAGAUGUCUGAAAAGUGAACAAUAUUAGAGAUGUAUGCAUCCUAUAGAAUAAACAACACCGAAUCAACAACGAUAUACAAUGGUUUAAUUUUUUUCAGAUACGCAUUACUUCAUGUCAUAUUAUCUCUCAAGAACAAUUUCUUAGUAAUUUUGAUAUCAAUGGCUUCCUAUAGAUGAGAUCGAUGUGACUCUCUUGCAAUCAAUUAUCGAUGGAUCUCUUAAGUUCUUAUGUACGCUCUGCAAUCAGAAUAGAUCAGUUGAUAUAUGUAUUUGAGAGGUAUGAUGAAGAAGGAAGUUAAAAGCUUUCUUCAAUGAAUGAAGAAUGGUCAUUACUAUUUUUAAUUGUAUUGAAUUACUGUUUUAUUUGCAUUUUACAUGUUGCUUAAUGUUGUUACAAAGGGUAAACCUAUCGAUGCGAAUUGUAUUCAUUUAAAGAUUUUAUUGUGUUCUCCAAAACUCAGAUUAUAAGCAUAAAUGAGAAGGAAUCGUGGAGAAAAAUAUCAGUUUAGUUAUAUACAGGAAAUGAUAUGUCCAUGAUUCUAUGGUGAGAAAGAAAUACUGAAGUACUGUUUAUUGGUGUAUCAAAUCUAAGAUACUAGGUGAGCAAAAACUAUCAAUUUGCUAUGGCAACCCAUGUGAAUGAUUUUGAUUUGAUGAUUUGAACACAUUGGAUUGGAAAUGUAUUAGAACUCUAAUCCUAUACUGUACAUUCUUUUUAUAUUGCUACUUUUAAUCACCAUUUUCAAAUUUCAAAGUAAACUGCUGCUAUUAUUUCAUGGCUUGCAACUUCUGCUAUGGAAAUAAUCCAGCACUACUCAUUAUACACGGGGCAACGUUUUAAAGGGCUUGUUUGCUUGCUUUCUUUUCAUGUUUUAUUUCUGCUUUUUCUACCUCAUCAUGACAAUUUUAUUCAUGCCGAAAUCUUAAAUGAAGAUAAAGUAUUUUGUAGAAUAUUGAAACGACUUUCUGUUGCUUAUGUUAAAAAGCAAAUGUGGGAUUAUACAUGUACAGAUGGUCACAUACAGUACAUAUCCUGAUUGUAGGAGCGAGAGUAAGGGAAACGAUAGUCAUAGAUUAUACACUCCCAGGAUUGUUGAAGUUUGAGUGUAUAGAGCGCUGGUGGACGUUAGCAAGAUCAAAUUCACUGUAUCAAUCCAUAACGGUUUAUUACAAUAGAGGAGACACUUUUGCAUUUCCUCUGUUUUAAAUACCAGCAAUUAUAUAUUGAGUAUUAUUGGAGAGAAAUUUGUGCUGAAAAAAAAAAUUGUUACAAUUUCCUGUACAGUAUGUGCAGCUAUUCUUGAAUAAAAAGCUGUGAAAUUUGAGCUGAUCAUUACACUCUCUAAAUUGACAAUGCGAUGAAAAUAACAUGCUCACUGUUUACAAAUUGGCAACUUUUCUAUAAAAUUGUUCUUUUUAUUAUAAGCUUUUACUUAUUUUCUUUAUAUUUUUUCUUCUUAAUAUCAAUAAGGAAAGGAAAUUAGUGAAUGUUGCUAUUUUGAGAAGGAAAAUAAGAAUAAUUUUGAUUUUGUGAAGAUGUUCACCUCAAUGGGUCAAUUAAUAAAUAAUGGUAGAUUUAUAGGUUGGUUAUCAACAACAUAAAAUGUAACCUCAUUCCCCAAUAAAAUUUCCUCUGAUUCUCAUACAACUAAUAUUUCCAUCCAUUUACCCUGUCAAAAUUUGUCGGAAAUCCAUGUAUUUCACAAUUUGAAUAUAUAAUUUGCAAUUUUCUUUAUGAAUUGAGUAGUCAUUGUGAAACAUUGGCCUUGUCCGGCCAUGUUUCUUUCAGCUGUCUUCGAUGUUAUAACACUGCCUUUUUAUAUUCAUAUGAUUUUGCUCUGAAAUAUGUGUAGAUCUGUUAUCCGGAUCAUUGAAUGAUAUCCAUGUACGUGUAUUCUAUGCAUAAACAAGUCAAAAAGGAAUGUACAUUUUCAACGGUCAUUUUCUUUUUAUUCUGUGUAUAUUUUAUACGAUUUUGUACUAAUUCGUUCUUUUGAGAAGAAUCUUGAAAUAUAGUGUGUUUUGGUGUUUUUGGUAAUAAUAAUAUAUGUUCACAAACCACCAAACUGUUUACUUCAUCAUUAGUUGCGACACACCUGUAUUGCAUUAAUAUAACAAAAUGGGUUUGUUGUUGAAACGGAUACCAUUUCCCCUAGCUAGUUCCAGUUUUUAUCAGAUUGGUUUUAUAAGAACGUAUAAGAUAUUGGGUUUGGGUUACAGAUUCCUUUGGUGCUUUUCUUUAUUUCUAGCGUAAGUAAAAAUGUAUCCAUUCUUUUGUCUUCCUUAUUGCAUAACAAGUGACUUUCCAUGAAGUUUGUGACAAACAGUAUAAAGCAAAAUCAAACAAUCAGAUAAUUCAUUCAUAAAACAUCGGAUUUAAGUCAUUAUGAGUCCUUUACACAAAGCGUAAUUAUUAAUCAUAAAGCUGAUCUUCAAUUGAUCACAUCAUUCAUAAUAAUGUACGGUCAAUAUUUAAUUUAACUUUAUGAUCAAUCACAAGUGUUUGUGUCACAUGGUUUAAAUCAAUACCAAUCUAUUUUACAGCAAUAAGAUUUUUUUUACAUUAAUUCAUACUAGGUUGGAGAAAUGAUUUGAUGUGCUUCCAGUAUUUUUUUUUUCAAAAUCUUCCUAUUUGUGUGGAUUUUACGUUUCUAUUUUCUUAUUUUUCUUUUUAAAAGAAUAUAUUUCCUUACCUGCCAAGUGUUCCUAUUUAUUAGAAAUCUUUUUGUUUUGGGGAAAAAUAAAAUUGUCAUUUUAAAUGUGUGUUCCUAUUUCCUGGAAAAUGUUCUGUAGUAUUGAAUAGAGAUUUAAGAAUGUUCAUAUUUCUGGCAAUUUCUUUGUAACAUGUUCCUAUUUUUGUCAGGGUAGGCAGGUAUGCAUUUCUCAUUUAAAUAGGCAUUGAGAUAUGUUCUAGGAAAUUGUACUAGCUUUAAAAUGUAACUAUGUAUGUCAUUAAAAUAAUUUUAUAAGGAUGUUUGACUGGUGGCUUUACGUACCAAGAUAUGCACUGAUCCUAAAUUACAGAUACAUACACUUAGGUUGAUAUGCGGUAUGAAUAAGACCAAGUCUUCCAGACGUAAUGAUUUUACAUUUUAGUUGUCUCUCUCGCCAAAGCUUAAAACUCUCACCAUAAGUUUGGGAGUAGUGCAAGUACGCUUUCACACAAUAUCACUUUGUGAAGUCCAUUUGUACCACAUUAUAUGUUCUGACCCAAAGAAACUUAUAGUGAUAGAAGACAUGUUUGAAUAAACCAAAUCAGUUUAUAGUUGUUGAUACAAGGAGGCAAGCAAUCAUUUCCAAAUUUGCUAUUAAUUGCAAGACUUAAGAUUGUCAGCUGGACCCCGUUUUACAAAGAGUAUGGAAAUCCAUCAAUGUCAGAUUUUUUUUUUUUUUUCCUUAGGAAAUUUGCUCAAUGUCAUUUGUAACAAAGACAAGCAUACUGAAUUGUCAGGAAAACAGUGAAUAUAAGAAUAUGUACAAUAUCUAUUAUUUCUAGAAAAUAUUUUGAACUAACAUGUAUUUUAGAUGUCGACGCUGCUGGCUUUCCAUAUUUGCGAUUGAUCUUAUCAGUCGUAACUCUUUGUAAGAUAGGGCCCUGAAUUUGACUUGUAAUCGAUUGCAAGAUCCUUACAACACUAUUUGUCAGAGUCAACUGUGUCUCAUAUAUAUUUUUUAAAUCUCAAUCAUGUCUUAAAAUGCUUCCUUAUAAGAUGUUCCACUGUAAAUGAAUUGAACUACAAUCAUGAAAUGGAACCAGAAUCAUAUCAUUUUUUUACUACUAGUACUCUUGUGAUUCAAAUCAUGUUAUAUUCACUGCCAUACCAUAAAAUCGAAUAAUUUUAAUAUUUGAAUCUCAUAAUCAAAAUUUGUACGAAAAUCUCUUACCUUGCCAGAGCACUUGUUAUUCAGUGAAAAUUGUGAAUAUCUGAUAUAGGGGGUGAUUCUUGUAGUUAUUUAUGACAUCGUGCAUGACAUCAUAUGACCUUUGUUUAAAUGAGUAAUUGAGACAGUGUAUUUCUUUUUCCCAGGGUUUAUUUAUUUGGUUUUUAAUAUCAAAGACGAGGCACAUAAGAACUUAUCCUGAAAAUCAUCCUUUAUUUCUUUUGAAGGAGAGUCAUUACUACAUGCUAAACUGGAUUUUACUAUGUCUUUUAAAAAUAAUAAAAAACAGCUUUGACUCCAUGUAUUUUGCAAAUCCUAGCUUUAAGAUGUGUCCUUGAUCACAAAAAAUGUGGUAGUGUUGGCAUGAUGUAUUUAUAUUUAGUUUAUUUAUUAUAAAAAAGGAUACACAAUUCCACCAUGUUGCAGAAUUGUUCUUCCAUUUUGCCCUAUUUUGCCAGUUGUAUUCUAUGUCACUUUUUUUUAAAUAAAUGCAUAUGCAAUCAGUAUUAUAGUAGGGUGGAAGUGUUCUAUGAACAAACUUAUACCAAUCUUGUGUAGAUAAAAUAAUUAAGGGGGUGGGCCUGCCAUUUUUAUGCGCAAAAUGGGUCAUAUGAUGUGUAAUCCUUUCAAUAUUUUGUUAAUACUUUUGAGAGGAUAUCGUUCAGAAUAUUCAAGGGUACUUCUUGAAAAAUAUUUGAUUUCAAACACUGCUAGGUAGUGACUUAAUUUAGCAUUCCCGUGUGAUGAAAUUACAAACUUGGUAUUGGGUAUUGAUACCUAUAUUGUAUUCAUUCUUUGUUUCCUUCGAUGGGGAAAAAGUGACAUUUUUGUAUUCUUAAAUAUUCUAUGUGAAAUAUGACCAUUUUGUGGAAGAUACAGUAUUUUAUCAUUACAAUGUUGUGAUUGAUUUGUUACAUAAAUAAUAAAAAAAAUCUAUUCUUGUCUGUAUGCAUCGAAAGUGUAUUAUAAUGAAUCUAUAUAUAUUUGUGAUAUAAUGAUAAUAAAAUGUGGCAUGUCAUGAACAUGGCAAAAACUUAUGAAACAGAA